CCGUAGCCGUGACGUGCGCGGGCCCGGGGGCUCUGCGGGGCGCCGGCCGGCCGGCGGAGAAGGACCCGUCGUCGGUCCGAGCAGGAAGCGAGCCCAGCCUGGUCUCCGCCGCCCGCCUUGUGGGUCGUCGCCCUCUUCGCUCUCCCUCGCACCCUCCUGCCCGCCCUCCGGUCUCACCGGCCACAGGUAGCCCGCCGCCGCGCACCUGCCUUCGCGGCCGCCCGGAGAUAGUGGAUAACUCCUUUCAAAAAUGGAGGAUGGAAAGCCCGUUUGGGCUCCACACCCUACAGAUGGAUUUCAGAUGGGCAAUAUUGUGGAUAUUGGCCCUGACAGCUUAACAAUUGAACCCUUGAACCAAAACGGCAAGACAUUUUUGGCUCUCAUAAACCAAGUGUUCCCUGCAGAAGAGGACAGUAAAAAAGAUGUGGAAGAUAACUGUUCACUAAUGUAUUUAAAUGAAGCCACACUCCUGCAUAAUAUCAAAGUUCGAUACAGUAAGGACAGAAUUUAUACAUAUGUCGCCAACAUUCUGAUUGCAGUGAACCCAUACUUUGACAUACCUAAAAUAUAUUCUUCAGAAACAAUAAAGUCGUACCAGGGAAAAUCUCUUGGGACAAUGCCACCUCACGUCUUUGCAAUUGCUGAUAAGGCUUUUCGAGACAUGAAGGUGCUCAAGAUGAGUCAGUCUAUCAUUGUAUCUGGUGAAUCAGGAGCUGGCAAAACGGAAAAUACAAAAUUUAUUCUAAGAUAUCUGACUGAAUCCUAUGGAACAGGUCAAGAUAUUGAUGAUAGAAUUGUUGAAGCUAACCCACUCUUAGAAGCCUUUGGAAAUGCAAAGACUGUUCGCAACAAUAAUAGCAGUCGAUUUGGAAAAUUUGUAGAAAUACAUUUCAAUGAGAAGAGUUCAGUUGUUGGAGGAUUUGUUUCACAUUAUCUUCUAGAGAAAUCUAGGAUCUGUGUUCAAGGCAAAGAGGAAAGGAAUUAUCAUAUCUUUUAUAGGUUGUGCGCUGGUGCUUCCGAAGACAUUAGGGAAAAACUUCACUUGAGCUCCCCAGAUAAUUUUCGGUAUUUAAACCGAGGCUGCACUAGAUACUUUGCUACCAAAGAAAGUGACAAACAGAUUUUACAGAACCGAAGAAGUCCUGAGGAGGAUGAGUAUCUUAAGGCAGGUUCCUUGAAAGAUCCUCUGUUAGAUGACCAUGGAGAUUUUAUUAGAAUGUGCACAGCCAUGAAGAAGAUUGGUUUGGAUGAUGGAGAAAAGCUUGAUCUGUUCCGGGUCGUAGCUGGUGUCCUGCACCUUGGAAAUAUUGAUUUUGAGGAAGCCGGCAGCACUUCAGGUGGUUGUAAUCUGAAGAAUAAAUCUACUCAGUCAUUGGAAUAUUGUGCUGAAUUACUGGGUUUGGAUCAAGAUGAUCUGCGUGUAAGUUUAACUACAAGAGUCAUGCUAACAACAGCAGGGGGCACCAAAGGAACGGUGAUAAAGGUACCCCUGAAAGUGGAGCAAGCAAACAAUGCUCGCGAUGCCUUGGCAAAGACUGUCUACAGCCACCUUUUUGAUCAUGUGGUAAACAGAGUAAAUCAGUGUUUUCCUUUUGAAACGUCAUUCUGUUUUAUUGGAGUCCUAGAUAUUGCUGGUUUUGAGUACUUUGAACAUAACAGUUUUGAACAAUUUUGCAUCAACUAUUGCAAUGAAAAACUUCAACAAUUUUUUAAUGAAAGGAUUCUGAAGGAGGAACAAGAACUCUAUCAAAAAGAAGGUUUAGGCGUUAAUGAAGUGCAUUAUGUGGAUAACCAGGACUGUAUAGAUUUAAUUGAAGCAAAAUUAGUGGGAAUACUAGAUAUUCUGGAUGAAGAAAAUCGCCUUCCCCAGCCAAGUGAUCAGCACUUUACAUCUGCAGUUCACCAGAAGCACAGAGACCAUUUCCGCCUCACUAUCCCCAGGAAAUCUAAGCUGGCAGUACAUAGGAAUGUCCGAGAUGACGAAGGCUUCAUUGUCCGGCAUUUUGCGGGGGCGGUGUGCUAUGAGACAACCCAGUUUGUGGAGAAAAAUAAUGAUGCUUUACAUAUGUCUCUUGAAUCCUUAAUAUGUGAAUCCAGGGAUAAGUUUAUACGGGAAUUAUUUGAAUCAUCCACAAAUAACAACAAAGAUACUAAACAAAAAGCAGGAAAACUUAGCUUCAUCAGUGUGGGGAACAAGUUUAAGACACAGUUGAAUUUGCUACUGGAUAAACUUCGAAGUACUGGAGCAAGCUUUAUUCGUUGUAUCAAACCUAAUUUAAAGAUGACAAGCCAUGACUUUGAAGGGGCUCAAAUUCUGUCUCAGCUCCAAUGUUCAGGCAUGGUGUCUGUCUUGGACUUGAUGCAGGGUGGUUUCCCCUCCCGAGCUUCGUUCCAUGAACUCUACAACAUGUAUAAGAAGUAUAUGCCAGACAAACUUGCAAGAUUAGAUCCAAGACUAUUUUGUAAGGCUCUUUUUAAAGCUUUGGGCUUAAACGAAAUUGACUACAAGUUUGGGUUAACAAAAGUAUUUUUUAGACCUGGCAAGUUUGCAGAAUUUGAUCAGAUUAUGAAGUCUGACCCUGACCAUUUAGCAAAGUUGGUUAAACGAGUCAAUCACUGGCUUGUCUGCAGUCGCUGGAAGAAGGUUCAGUGGUGUUCACUCUCCGUCAUCAAAUUGAAAAACAAAAUAAAAUACCGAGCUGAAGCCUGCAUUAAAAUGCAAAAAACUGUUCGAAUGUGGCUUUGCAAGAGGAGACACCAACCUCGCAUUGAUGGCCUGGUUAAGGUGGGCACACUGAAAAAAAGACUUGAUAGAUUUAACGAAGUGGUAAGUGCACUGAAAGAUGGAAAACCAGAGGUGAAUAAACAGGUCAAAGACCUUGAAGUUUCUAUUGAUGCUUUGAUGGCCAAAAUUAAGUCCACUAUGAUGACAAGGGAACAAAUACAGAAAGAAUAUGAUGCACUAGUUAAAAGCUCAGAGGAACUCCUCAGUGCAUUACAGAGGAAAAAACAGCAAGAAGAGGAAGCAGAAAGGCUGAGGCGUAUUCAAGAAGAAAUGGAAAAAGAAAGAAAAAGACGUGAAGAAGAUGAGCAGCGUCGAAGGAAGGAAGAGGAAGAAAGGAGGAUGAAACUUGAGAUGGAAGCCAAGAGAAAACAAGAAGAAGAAGAGAGAAAGAAAAGGGAAGAUGAUGAGAAACGUAUUCAGGCUGAGGUGGAGGAGCAGCUGGCCCAACAGCGCGAGGAGGAAUCCCAGCAGCAGGCAGUCCUGGAGCAGGAGCGCCGUGACAGGGAGCUGGCCCUCAGGAUCGCCCAGAGUGAGGCAGAGCUCAUCAGCGAUGAGGCCCAGGCGGACCCGGCGCUCCGCAGGGAACAAAUGGCGAAAGAAAUUUCAGAAUUUUUGAGUAGAAGUCCUGCUGUACAAGCCACCAAGGCAGCUGCUGGUACCAAGAAACAUGAUCUUAGUAAAUGGAAGUACGCAGAGCUCCGCGACACCAUCAACACUUCUUGUGAUAUUGAGCUCCUGGCAGCUUGCAGAGAAGAAUUUCAUAGACGACUAAAAGUGUAUCAUGCUUGGAAAUCCAAGAACAAGAAGAGAAAUACUGAAACAGAACAACGUGCUCCAAAGUCUGUUACUGAUUAUGAUUUUGCACCAUUUUUGAACAAUUCACCUCAGCAGAACCCAGCGGUCCAGCUUCCUGCGCGGCAGCAGGAGCCGGAGCGGCACCGGCAGCAGCGCUUCUUCCGCAUUCCGUUCAUCCGCCCUGCCGACCAGUACAAAGACCCCCAGAACAAGAAGAAAGGCUGGUGGUACGCCCACUUCGAUGGACCGUGGAUUGCCCGGCAAAUGGAGCUCCAUCCUGACAAGCCACCCAUCCUUCUUGUGGCUGGUAAGGAUGACAUGGAGAUGUGUGAGCUGAAUCUCGAAGAGACGGGCCUGACUCGGAAGCGUGGGGCUGAGAUUCUGCCGAGACAGUUUGAGGAAGUUUGGGAGCGCUGCGGGGGCAUCCAGUACCUCCAGAGCGCCAUCGAGAGCAGACAGGCGCGGCCCACGCACGCCACGGCCAUGCUGCAGAGCCUGCUGCAGUAGCGGCCGCGCCCGCCGGCCCCGGCCCCCGCGCCGCCCACGAGCGCGCGAGAACGCCCUUCGCGGAGGGAACAGAGUGCAUUAAUCAUGGCCUGUGUUAAUUUAAGGUUAAUUAUGGUAGUGAAUUUGAGGUCUAGAAAUUAUUUUCCUGAAUCCAGCUGUAACUGUUAAACCUCUCAUUAUUCUAAUAUUUGUUACACUUGGACGGAUUCUGAUAUUUGUCAUCCUUUGCCAACAGACUACCUUAAAUCUGUCAUCAUUGUUUAAAAAUUCAAAAUACUUGCUUGUUAAGAUGACACAGUACCAAAUAAUUGGAAUAAUGAAACUUGACUUAAAUUUUCUUAUAAAAAUUAAGACACUUAAAAUGAUCAAAGUACCAAUAUUUUGAUUUGAAAAGCUGUGUACUUUUUACUCACUUUUUCAGAAAUUCAUGGAAAUUUCCAUCAAAGGUGGAAAUUGUUAUUUUCCCCCCUCCUUUGCCGGUGUCUUAGUUUGAGUAAAGCAGUACACCUGAGAUUCUAGCAUUCCGGAGUCUUGAUGUAUGCUAUGUACUCCUUGAUAAAGAAGGGGUUCACAGUAUCCUGCACAGAUUUUUCUUUUCUAUCACAUUGUGUUGCUAAAAGACAAUUUUUCUUACACUCCAUGGACAAAUAAAGGAAGUUUAGACCAUUUAAAUGCGUAAAAGUUUUGAGAUAAUGUUUGUUUCAUUUAGAAAAGGAAGUAGGUUUUAGGUGGCAUUGUGGCUUAGCCGGCCUGAACUCAAAUAUUCUUCAGCUUCAUCUCAAUUGCAAUUUUUGUAUCAGAAUCUUGUCCAGCUUGUUUCAUAUGAUUUAAGCUAGUGUUGUGCUUCAAAACAUGUUGGUUUUUAAAAAAUUCCUGUGUCUUUUCUGGCCUUUGAGAUUUUGGUAAAUGUAGAACUGUUGUAUAAGCUUUGUAAUUCAAAAGCCGUUGUACUUAGUAAUGCUUGUUUCGUGUAACUGAUAAAUAGUUUUUUUGUGUGUUGUUCGUUUUGAUCAAAUGUCAGCGGUUUCAAGCCUGAUAUCCAUGACUUCAUAUUAGGAAUUUGGAGACAAAAACACAUCAAGGAAUUAGGUUGACAUGAUCCUGAGGAGUCUUGUUUGUAUUUUAGAAUAAAAUUAGAAAAUAAAAUUAUUCUCUGCACUUUUUUCCCGAUUGUUAAAGACCCUAACCUUUGAAAUAAAUUUCCAGUGAUUUUUCCUAGAAAGAGGACUUCAGUUAGGGAAAUAUUUCUCAGCUGAUUAGCUUGGUGCUUGUGAGCCACAGACGCUGUUUUCAGAAUUGCUUCUCUCAUCCUGUGUCUCAGUACAGACGUACUUAUUUAUUAUACUGUGCAAAUGGUUGUCUUCGGUUAAAUUUAAUGGGUCCUGUCUGUGCUACUGAGAAUGUGAAUGUGAUUUUCUUUUGAAGGCUGUCUUACUGCACGGACUCACCCACCCUUGGGUCAUAUCAUCGCUGUGAUUGGUGACAGAAGGUCUGGUUACUGAAAUAAAUGACCUGUUCUCGCUCUUCUCAU